AUGGAUGACAUCAAGAGGUCACUCUCCGAGGGUACUUCGGUUUCGCAGGCCGCUCCUACCACAGGAGGUCUACUCACGCCCCCCUCUGUCCCGGCUUCUUCAAGCGGUAAUCGGUCAGUCAGUGCGAGACCGACUUCGCUUCAACAGAGUGUGGUCACCAACGUUACGAAGGUAUCAACUGCUGGUCCGUCGUCGGCAGAAGACACUGGUCUGGAGCCAGCUCUGGAGGGUUUACAUGUCACUGGCCGCUCGCAGUCUUCCCAUGCUUCGGGACCACUUUCCGACAAUCCGUUAGCUAUUGGAGGAAGCUCGUCAAGUCAAUGGUCUAACCACGAGGCCGAGCUAGAAGCCAACGGACUUGUCAUAUUGAAGGCCCACGAGGGCAAUAAAACACGUCGACACUACAACUCAGACGAAGACGAAGUCGAGUCUAAUAACGGUGAUGCAACAUCGGAAGACGGCAUAGAGCCCAGCAGUUGUGUCGGAGAUGCUUCUAGCAUGACAUCCAUCAACAGCGAGAACCAUGGAGAGAUUGAUACUGAAAUUGGCGGCGAAGUCGACGAAGGAGAGCCCAUGGACGAGGACGAAGAUACAGAGAGUGAGUCUGACGACGACGACAACGACGAUGACGAUAUUCACGACGGCAUGCCGAGUACCCACGAUGAUGAAGGUGACUCCAUCUCGUCUCAACCUCCUGUUGAUCUUGAGCGAGUUGGCUGCAGCAACGAGUGCCGAAAAGAAUUCUGUCAGGGUGUCGAAUUCUAUGACAAGCAAGUCGAGGCACUCGAGAAUAAGCUCCGGAAUCUUACCAUCGCGAACAACGGGUUGAAAACCGAGGUGGUCAAGGCGAACCAACAAAUCGAAAAGUUGAAGUGGAGAAGCGUCUCCAAGAAGAGAACCCAGAUAACCUGGCACGAGAAACUGUGUCUAUUUAUCACCGAACCUGGCAACUCCCAAGCCAUGCCUUACAAUAAAAUUUACCGACUCUGCUGCAAGGAGGAGAAUAUGAGCACCAGGAUUGAAUAUGUCCACCCUGACCUACGUCUUCGACCCCCCAAGAACAGCGAGUCUCAGCAGGAUAUAAUGCAGGGCCUGUCGACAGAUGAGGCCGAGAAUGACGGGCCCACAGCACUUUUCGUGCAGGACGACGAGCAGCCGGGAGGAGUCAACCAAACGCAGUCGCAAACGACAUUCAACACUUUCCCAUAUUCGCAAUUGCCCGCGAGUGUUCAAGGCAACAUCCUGAAGUUUGUCUUCGUUCAGGAGAACAGACUAAUUCAUUGCAUCAGCCGCCUCGAUCCUUACAUCCCCCCCAAGGAUGUCACUGGGACCAAUGCACACAGAAGUGGCUUGCCCCAUCGCUUCCACAUUUCCGGCAAGUCGUGCAACAUCACUUACGCCAUCAGGCCUAAUGAUCACCUUGCUCUUCUGUCGGUCUGCAAGCGGUGGUACUAUCUCGGAGUCCACGCCUUCUAUGGCCUUAACACAUUCGCCUUCUCGAGUUUGGGAGAGUUCGGUCGUUUCUGCAACGGCAUUGGAGCCGCGCGUCGACAGCGCAUCCAGCAUAUCGAGCUUCUGUGGAUGGGAAACCAGUAUCUCACACACAGACCCUUACGGGAAAAAGGCAAGAAUGGCCAUCAGCUUAAGUGGGUAUCCAAGAGAACCUGGGACAUUUCUUCUCUCUGUCAGAUGCAUCGUCUGAAAAGUUUGACCGUUCACAUUGACGAGAGCGGUAGUUCCCACAAGAGACGUAACCACGAGCCGUCCCAUUACAUCGACUGGAUGGCAUCAAUCACUGCCGGCCAGCCCAACUUCCGCUCGUUGAGAUCGCUGCGAACCGUCCAGGGGCUGGAUUUCAUUUAUCAGCUUCGCGGAAUGGAGCUCAUCCAGUUCUACGAUUAUGAGAUGGCCCGCAAACACGGUGGCCGUCACCCCAUCCGUGACUGGUCCUUCUGCAUAGAUAUCGAGAACGUGACGGCUAUGCCGAAGGCCGGUGAACGGGCUAAAGAAGCAGAGUUUGAGAAUCUGACGCCCGUCCUCGCCAACUUUGUGGCACCAGACGAAUACCUGGACGCAGUCAAGGACCUCUAUCGCCAGAGUGACGCUUUUGACGCGAAACGCGUUUCGCCCCCGACCAGAGAGGAAGACGAUGACGGCGACAUUGAGAUGCCAGACAUCGUGAUUCCCGUUCAGAAACACCAAGCAACAGUAGCCCAGAAGGCAUCUAGUUCAGGAAGUUCCGGUGGCGACAGGAAGGUCGCACCUGCUAGCAAGUCACGCGCCGCCACUGAAGUGCGAGACGACAGCGCUGAAGGUGACACAAGUUCUGACGAUGACGAUGACGAUGCCACCCCAAAAGCGAUUGUACGCAACGCCCGCUCUGAUACGGCUGCGACGCUUGCCUCAACUCUUGACAAAAACGGUGAUGAAAACAAAAACGAUGACGAGGUUUCCCUGGUUGGAUCGAAUGCAGAGAAUCCCAUCGAACUGGAGGAUUUCGAGCCCAAGAUGACACCCCGAUUAUACAAGCUUCAACAAGAACAGGAGGCAAGCCGCGAGCCGUCUGUGGCAGGUUCCAUAAGCUCACUCUCAUCCAGAGAGAGCGAGAGAUCCUUUGACACCAGCUGUGGCUUGUUUGUUCGUUCAUCAACGAGAUCAGUGUCGCAGCCUCAGAGCAGGCGCGAGUCUACCGCCAUGACUGAGACGCUCCGAAAGAGAGGUUUCAACGAGCCAGAUGUUCACAAGGCCAUCAACUUGACAGAACUCGACGAUGACAUGGGCAUGGGCAUGGGCUACCCGAGUUUGUCUCAACCUAAUACCUCUCGCGAGAUGGCGUCUCGCCAACCCAACACUUUCAACUACCCCAUUGCUCAAUCCCAUGGGUCCAUCCCUUUUUUGUCGCGUCUUUCUAGCGACGACGAAGCACAACCUUUCAAGAGACAGCGGAGACGCUAG